UUGUUAUAAAAUUAAUAGAAUUUCAAUUAAUCUAUUAUUUCAACAGUUUUAGUUAUCAGUUUUUUAGAAAAUACCGUUUAUCAAACCAAAUAUGUAUUACUACAUUUUCAUUAUUAUUUAUAUUACCAGUAGUUUUUCAAAUGGAUUUAUUUUCUUGUCUUAUCCUUUGAAUGAGAAUAUGGAAUUAACUGAUUCAGCAUCGGCUGCUUUGAAAAGAUUUUUUCAAUUUCUAACAGAAGAAAAAACAAUGGGCUAUAAAGAAUUUAAAAAGCUAUUGAAUGAUUUUGAUUGUGUACACAAAAUAAAUAAUAGUGAAAUCGAACAACUAUUCGAAGAUGAAAAUAUAAGCCAAGACGUAUUUAUGCAUUUUGAUCAAUUUAAGAAACUAGCGACGAAGUUUAUCAUUAAAUUAGAGAAUUCCAUUGAAUAUAUUUUUGAAUUUUUUUCGAAUGAUAAUUCAUUACUAGAUUGUUUAGGAUUAAUGCUAGCUCUUAGUUCAUUACAAAUACCAAUGACUGAAGAAAAUUCUACUGCACUAAUGUCUUCCUCUAUAGACGACAUAUGGGUUGAUAUGAAAGCAUUCAGAAAAAUAUUCACGACUAUGUUUCAUAGCAACGUCGUUGAAUUUAUGGAUAAGAAACAUGGUGACAAAGCUAUUAUUGAUUUGACAUAUUUUAAUGUAUAAAUAAUUGUUAAAGCUGCAUUAAUAAUAAAUUGAAUUAGUUUACGAAAUA